AUGAUUAUGAAGAUGAAGACUGUUCUUGUAAUCAUAAACUGCAUAAUCCUAGCUAUUGGAAACUGUGGAGGCCCUCUUAUGAUGCGGCUUUACUACAAAAAUGGUGGCAAACGGAUCUGGUUCUCAAGCUUCCUUCAGACCACAGGUUUUCCCAUCAUCCUCUUCCCUCUUCUUGUCUCCUUCUUCCUCCGUCGUCGUUGCCAUGGCCACGAAGAAGAAAAGACUCCUUUUUUCCUCAUAAAACCUCCUCUGUUCAUGGCCUCUUUCGUAAUCGGCCUCCUUACGGGCUUUGACAAUUACCUUUACGCUUACGGAUUAGCUUAUCUCCCUGUUUCCACUUCAUCUUUAAUCAUCUCUUCUCAAUUAGCCUUCACUGCUCUCUUUGCCUUUUUCUUGGUGAAGCAUAAGUUCACUCCGUUCACUAUAAACGCCGUUGUUUUGCUUACUCUCGGUUCCGGAAUCCUAGCGCUUCAUACCGAUGGUGACAAGCUUGCUGAAGAGACUCACAAGGAGUAUAUUGUUGGCUUCCUCAUGACCGUUGCUGCAGCUGUUCUUUACGCGUUUGUAUUGCCGCUUGUGGAGCUCACUUACAAGAAAGGUCGUCAAGAGAUCAGCUAUACGCUUGUCCUCGAGAUUCAGAUCGUCUUGUGCUUUGUAGCCACUUGCUUCUGCCUCGUCGGGAUGCUCGCUGAUGGCGAUUUCAAGGUGAUAGCAAAAGAAGCAAGAGACUUUAAGCUUGGAGGGUCUCGGUAUUACUAUGUGGUGGUUGUGUUCACGGCGAUAAUCUGGCAAGGGUUUUUCUUGGGAGCAAUAGGGAUGAUCUUUUGCGCAUCGUCUGUGGUCUCUGGAAUUCUGAUCAGUGCUCUGCUUCCGCUGACAGAGAUCUUGGCCGUCCUUUUCUUCCGGGAGAAGUUUCAGGCAGAGAAAGGUGUCUCUUUGGUUCUCUCCCUCUGGGGAUUCGUCUCUUACUUCUACGGACAGAUUAAAUCCGAGAAAAAGACUCAAGCUAGCGAGACACAACUGUCUCAGCUUCCAGUUACUGAUCCUGUAGCUUAA